AUGGAGCACUGGGUGGCCGCCGACUGGCAGGAGACGCAGUGGAAGCUGGAGGAGGAUGACCUGGGCCAGCCGAAGCUGAACCUUGUGGACGGCUUGCACCGCGACCACUUCUACGAUCAAUCGCUGUGCCAAGCGCCGGACCUGCGCACUGGUCGUCUCGUGACGAAGAAAGAGGGCAACCGCAAGUUCUUCCUCGCCUCAGACGAUGGUUCCCUCAUGUACCUGAACGGGGAGAACGUCGUGGACAACAACGGCUGCCACGGAGAACACGAGAAGGGCAGCGGCGACAAGUUCCUGAAGCCAGGUGCCGACGAGAUCGUGGUGCACAUGUGCGAGAAGGGUGGCGGCGAGGUCUUGAAGAUGCGCUGGGAAGGACGAGACAGUGGCAACUCCAAGGUCAAGAUCCCAGCUGCCGUGCUCAAGCACGAGGAGGAUGGAGCCGCAAAGGUGCAACGAGGUUUGCAGUGCUUCGAUUCGACACUCACCUGGCGCCCUGGCGAUGGCACAAAUUUUCACUGGCUUGAUCUCACAUUGGUGACCACCUUGGUGCAUGUAGCCGGUUUCAUUGUGGACAGCCCGGCGGAGGCAGUUUUAGACGUGAAACCAUUAAGCCGAGUGAACUUUGUGGAAUGUGCGCAUCGACCUCCGUGUCCGGGCAGCCGGUUCUCGGAGGCUAGUCGCCUUUGA